UAAACGUCAAGUAAUAAUUUUGUGCUAUCUAUUGCCCGUCUGAGGCAAAAUUUUUUAAUGAACGUGAAAAGGAUUUUAAUCUAUUUCAGAUUCUGCUCGAAGACAGAAAUAUUUAGAAUAAAGUGUCUUGUUCUAUAUACGAAUGUGUAGAAAUACGAAUUCGACCAAUACACAGUUCCUAAAACAUUAACUAGGGGAGAAAAAUGUGGCACGAAGCUCGUAAGCAAGAGCGUCGAAUACGGGGCAUGAUUGUUGAUUAUCGCAAGCGUGCUGAACGUAGGCAGGACUUUUACGAAAAAAUUCAAGCGGACCCAACACAGUUCAUUCAAGUUCAUGGUCGAAGAUGUAAGAUUCAUCUUGAUCCAGCCACAGCUGCUGCAGGCGAUGGAGCCGCCAUCAUUGUGCCUUGGCAAGGACAACAAGAUAAUCUAAUUGAUCGCUUCGAUGUACGUGCUCAUUUAGAUUAUAUUCAGGCAUUGCCUAAGCCAAAUGAAGCAGAAAGUGCUGAACCAUCAGUUGAGGAGCGACAAUGCAAUUACGAAAGAUAUCGCAUUUUGGCACAGAAUGAUUUCUUAAAUGUUACUGAAGACAAAUUUCUUCAUCAACUGUAUCUCGAAGAACAAUUCGGGGCUAGUGCACAGUUGGAAGCAAUGGAACGUGCUUCAAGUAAAAAGAAGCAAUCUAAGAGCGGUGUUAGUAUCGGUUACAUAUAUGAAGAAGGUCAGGCAUCAACAACAUCAACCGGUCAUCCAUUUAAUCCAGCUACGCAAGAAAAACCCUCUGGUAAAUCCGAUAAGGGUUCUGAUUCAGAGUCAGAUUCUGAUAUGGAUAUGGACGUUUCUAUAGAUAUUUCUAAACUAGACACUGCACAAGCGCAUGAGUUGAAUGCUUGUGGCCGUAAUUAUGGUAUGGUAAGCAAUGACUUUUACUCAUAUCUAACUAAAGAUGCAGAUGAGGCUGAAGCUUUACGCAUUGCGCGUGAAGAAGAACAAGAAAAAAUGCUAUUAAGUGGACGAAAGUCGCGCAGAGAGCGUCGAGCACAGAAAGAACGUCGCAUUGCUUGCCGUCCCUUCAGCCCACCUAGUUACGCGGCCAAAGAAGAUAUUGGUGGCAAGAAAGAUAAAGAUGAAGAAAGUGAAUCACGCUCACCGUCGCCUGAUCCAAAUGCAGGGAAAAUUACUUAUAUCACAUCUUUUGGCGGUGAAGACGAGUUACAACCCCAUUCAAAAAUUUCUAUUAGUAUUGGGCGUACACCCCAAACUUUGGGAGAAGCUUGUGCCGGCGUGUCGGCAACAUCGCAAGCUACCUACGCACAAAAAGUGAAAGAGAAUUUGGAGAAACUCAAGCAAUUGAAUGAAGGUACAAAGCGUCUGGCAACGGCAGGUAAAACCAGCCGUUCUCGUAGCCGUUCCCGGAAACGUUCACGAAGUAGAAGUCGGAGCCGCCGUCGUAGUAAAAGACGCAGCCGAGAACGUCGCCGGCGACCUUACUCGAGGUCUCGUUCCCGUUCACGUAUUCGGAGUCAAAGCCGGAGUAGACGUCAUCGUCACAGAAGGUCACGUUCAAUUUCAUAUGAUCGUUCAAGGCGCAAACGACGUUCAAAACGUUCAAGCUCCACAUCAAAUUCAUGUUCACGAUCACGUUCACGCAGCGUACAUGGUGUGUCACAUAAACGACGGUAUAGAUCAACAAGCAGUUCCUCACAACGCUCCAGACGACGAAACUCCCGAUCUGUAUCCCAAAGCAGUCGACACUCGGAACGAAAGCAUAAACAGAAUUCAAAACAUAAAAAGUCAUCAGUAGAACGCCGACGAGCACGUAGUCGUACGCGCUCAAGAUCUCGAGCGAAACUUCUAAGCAGUACCACCACCUCUCAAAACUUACCUAAAAGCAAAACGAUUAGCUUAAACCCAGUCAAUACUUCUGCACACGCUACAUCAAGUACAACGUUGACCACUAUUAGUGCAACAGCCCCAAUGAUUAGUUAUCCAUUAUCAACGCGCAUAACGGCUAUGUCAACAGCAGUCGUUGCUGCAGUCAAUGAACCGCCACCGCCUCCACCAUCGGUCGACAUUAAGACUGCUACAACAACCCUCGCUUCUGGCAGUGCUGCGGCAAUUAAUUUAUUGCCACAGGUAGUGGAACCGCCACCACCACCACUCAAACGUUAUUAUGGACGCAAACGUGGAGAUGAUACAUCCGACUCGGAAAGUGGUUCUGCAUCGGACACAAAUGCCGAUGAAAAAGAAACAGCAAAACAGCAAGCGCCAAUCAGCGGCGAUGGAAAUGACAGUGACGAACGCAUGGAUGUGGAUACUACCUCUGAACGUUCCAACCCUUUGCCAUCAUCAUCAGCGUCAACCACUGGUAAACAAAUAGGCAAAUAUAGCACUACUGCUCCGGCGAAAAUCAAUCCAAGUUUUUCUAAUGCUACCGAAACCAAAACGUCAUCAUCAUCAUCUGCAACGCCACAGAACAGCAGUCGUAUGAAUUUACGCGAACGACUAAAGCGCAAAAUGCAAAAUUUACUCAACAAGCAAUACAAAGCGGAUAAACGUGCUGAAAUCGAGAAGUGGCAGCGCGAACGGCAAUUGCAACAGGAACGCGAAGAUGAAAUGCGCGAAAUGGCAUUGAAGCUGAGACGAAGGCAACGCGAACUGCGGCAUCGUUACGGCACGCCAUCCAGUGGCAAGGAUUCAGAUAGUGAUGCUUCGGGUACAAUGAAGUCAACACAACAGCCAUCACAACGGCACAGCAAAUCACCUGGUGUCGGUACCACUAUUUCUGCUGCGGCUGCGAUCGAAAAGCAACUUUCACAAAGCCAACAGCAAACGGCCGCUCGUGGGAAAGAUGAACAAACACAGGACCGUCAUUAUUAUACUACCACAGCGCAUCAUCACGCUAGAUCUUCACAACGUAGUAGAAGUCGAGAGGAUCGUACGACGCAUCGUUCGCGCAGUCGUAGUCAAUCUUAUUAUCAAUCGCAGCGCUCGGCCCCUGUCGAAAGGCGUUCACGUUCACGUUCGCGUAAUCGUCGCAGCGCUUCGAGACGUCGACGUCGCAGUGCUUCACGUUCUCGCUGGCAGCGUGAGGCCAGUCGUGAACGUACAUCACGUUAUCAACGCACUCAGCGGUAUGAUGAGCGUGAUCGAGAACGGGAUAAGGACAGGGAUCGCGGUAGGCGAUCACGUUCUAGAAACGAAGCGCGCUCUCGUGAUAGUUAUCGUGAUCGCGAUAGGGAUAGGGAAAGGGAAAGGGAGCGUGAUAGGAAUAGGGAUAGAGAGCGUGAACGUGAACGUGAUCGCGAUAGAGAUAGAGAUCGUGAUCGACAGAACGACAGAGACAAGGAACGGCAGCAACGCGAUGCGGCUGGCAACAGACAAGAAGCGGCCACCGGCAGUGGCAACAAUACAAGUAAUAAUAAUAGAAACCGCAUUGUCAUCUCGGCACCGCCUAAACUAAAGAAACUAGUUGAUUACUAAACAGAGUACUGAAAAGAAGGUUGUAGCUUCCAAGCGUGUUGAUUGUUUCGGUUUCUUUUGUUGUAACUUUUUUUUUUUAUACAAAUAAGGGUUGAAUUAUUUAAAUACAGUUAAUUGCUUGCAUAAUAAUUGGAAAGUGGAGUUUAUUCAUAAUAAAUAUCAUUGAAUUGUUGGCAAAUAGAAA